UAUGUAGCUGUUGUAGGGAUCAACUGAGCUUGAUUGAAGAGAAUCAAAUCUAGUUCUAGUUCUAGAUUCCAGGUUACAUUUGAUCUGGUACAAUUCUUUAUUUGCCUUUAAUCAUCAACUCCACCCUUCAUCUACCUAUUUCUUCCCAUUAUCGUCGUUUUAUUGCCCUGAUCCUAGUUCGAUUAUACAAUUCUUGGAGCAAGAAAAGCCAUCAUCUGUGGUCAUAUAUCCUGUGUCACCUACCAUGCCUAUGCAUAACGGGAUCCUGCCCCGGGAGGGCUUAUAUAUUGACCCCAUUCUCAAACUCAUUGGCAAGACGGCUCUGAACCCAUGGCUCACGCUCCCUUUGGUGCUUGCUGGAAAGUACACUCAGAAGGGCAAGUUGAUAGCUGCCAUCUACAGCAAGGCUUUUUGGCGCGUCAAGCUGCUGCUGUACCUUGGCCUUUUCCGUUCCAUCAACAACUACUUUUCUCGAAAGUCCAGCAACAACUGGGUCAGUGACAAGUAUGUCUGGUCCAAGGAGAUUGUGGUUGUGACCGGCGGCUCUGCGGGCAUCGGUGCCCACAUCGUGCAGUUCCUGGCCGAGCGUGGCAUCAAGGUGGUGGUUUUGGAUAUCCAGCCUCUCAGCUUUAGCGCAACGUCAUCUGUACACUAUUUCCAGGUCGACCUUACCUCGCCUGCCAAGCUGGCCGCCGUUGCCGAGGAGAUCCGGGCCCGAAUCGGCAACCCGACCGUACUGAUCAACAAUGCAGGCGUGGCUCGCGGCAAGAGCAUCCUCAACGCUACGGAGCGCGACAUCCGCUUCACCUUUGACGUCAACGCCCUGGCCCCCUUCUGGACCGUCAAGGAGUUCCUGCCCGACAUGGUCAAGAAGAACCACGGCAUGGUGGUCAACGUCAGCUCCUACGCGGCGUGGAUUACGUCGCCCGAGAUGGCCGACUACGCCGGCUCCAAGGCCGCCGUCAUGGCCCUGCACGAGGCCCUGUCCACCGAGCUCAAGGUCAGGUACAAGGCGCCCCGCGUCCGCACCGUCAUCGUCUACCCGGGCUUCACCAAGACGGCCCUCUUCACCGGCUACAAUGCCACCACCCAGCCCUUCAUGCUCCCCCCGUUGGAGCCAGAGACCGUCGCCGAGGCCAUCGUCCGCCAAGUCCUGACGGGCGAGAGCGGAGAGGUCAUCGCCCCGGCCAUGGGUCACACGCUCGGCGGCCUGCGUGGGCUCCCCACGUGGUACCAGAACAGGCUCCGCGAGCGGACCUCGGUCCUGAUGACAAACUUCCAGGGACGCCAGGUUGUCAAGGACCUCGACACUUUUUACGACGCCAAGUCGAGACCCUCAGAUGGGGAGGAAAGCACGGUUCUGGUGGAGUAGGCGCUUUUUGACAUGUGCAAUGGUUGGAGCAAGGUUGGAGUAGGUAUUUUUUUCGAGGUAAAAACAGCAUGUCAGUUUUCUCUCUGGUCUUUUGGGGGGGUUUUGUUAAUUUGUUAUAUUUUAGGCGGUAAUUGGGAUUCAAUGACAAAAAAAAAAAAAAAAAAAAAAAAGCAUAAGCAA